AUGUUCCCGCGCUUCUAUCGUCAAUAUGAUCAAGAAUACAGGUAUAUUUUAAACAAAAACAAAAAAUGAUCCAUAGUGGCUUGAGAAGUUUGCGCCCGACCUAAAGGCUCUAGUGGGUUUCUUUUUUCUUUUUGUUCGAGCUUUUCGAGCCGUGAAAAAUGCGGUAUUGUAUGAGCAAGUCUGUUUUUUCGUAACUUACCGGGAAAUGGUCCCAGGAGAUGAACUUUUUUUGUGAAGAUUGAUUUUCAAGUAAUAGUUUCGAAAAAGAGGAUUUGCUGCAGCUUUCAAGUUGAUAUUGAACCUAAAAAUUGGCAAGAAGCUAUUUGAAAAAUAUUAUGAUUUCUCAAAUUUGAAAGAAUUCCGCCGAAAUGGUGAAUCUUGCUGGAAUGCCUUGAGCAUGAUUGAAAACAUUAUUUUUCACCUGAUCAUUUUUUUGCUAAUCCCUGAGAGCAGUCAUUAAUUAUUAUUGGUCAUAUAAAAAAAGAUCCAUUUGAAAAACGUAAUUUUUUUGAACCUCUAGGGUUUUUUCAAUACUUUCUUGGCAUUUUUUUGACUAAUAUUGGUAAUCAACGCGAAAAAUAGCAUGCAUGUUCUUGUAUGAAAUCCCUUUUUAGGAGCUUAUCCUUUGUAAUAUUCCCGAUACCGACGCGCGUAAGUCGCUCUUAAGUCGGGCGCAAGAUUCAAAGACGUUUCGAGCCAUUCUCCAUGCGACCAGCUCGUUCUUCUUGGAAAUAAAUCAGGAUUCAUCAUUCUCUUCCAAUUUCAGGAGCCACUCCGUCCGAAGUAUGGAGGAUCUCAAUGUGAUCCAGGAGUUUAACGAUCACGAUGUUUUUGUGAUUGUUUUCAACCAAUUUAGUGUGUACCGCAUGACAUACGGUUUGUCUCGAGUCAAAAAAAAAGUUAUCUAAAAGAAAUCAAGGUGAUCUGCGGGAAAGAAACAGACGCGGCCUGCCCUUCCGCUUCCACCAGAGCGUUUUUGAAAGAAAGUUUUGAAAAUAUAUUUUUUAUUUUUUAGGACGAGUUAUUCGACCCCGUGCGGAACAUGAUAAUUGGCUAUGCCAGUUCAAGUGGUUUUGAAAAAUAUGAGAAAAAGAAAAAAGUUGGUUUUCAAGGCUCCGAUGAGGAGGAAGAGAACAGGUCGCCGGAAAGGAGACUCUAUCCGGAUUUCGAAUUGGAAAAUGAAAGGAAUGAAGAAAUAGGUGAGUUUCUGGUUGAAAAUUGAAGUAAAAAAAGGAAUUUGUGUUUUCUCGUUAUUGAAUUCCCAGAUUUUUUGCACUGGUAUAGAAUUUCGAAGUGAAAAACGGUAAGAGUCAUAUGAAUAAUUGCACUUUUUGAGCUUCAAAUGAUGAAUUUUUACACUGAGUUCAAUCCAGAUCGAUACCAAACGUAAAGUAGAUCCAAAAUAUGAACCCAUAGAGAAAAGAAAUUUUUUUUUUUGUAGGGGGUUGAUGAAUCCUUUCUAUAAAUGCUUUAACCCUACUUUAGUAGAAAUUUUUUUCUUCCUCUAAACUUUGGGAGAAAAAAAGAAAUCAAAAUAUGGGAAGCAAUUUUUUUCAUUAAACUGACAAGAGAAUGGUCUCAACUCCCAGUGGGAAUUCUGAACAAGACCAGGCCUUCUGGAUGUAGUUUUUUCACGCUUAUUCUGAAUCUGUCCUCAAAAAUUGUCAAGUAGGUCUGAAAAAAGUCAAAAUGUUUAAUGUCUUCGUUUGAACUCAUAUUUAGUGGGUUUAUAAUUCAAAAAAAGUUUUUUUAGAAAUAAAAUUGUUUUUUUCUGUUACAAGUGAAACAGGGAUCUACUUACCCAUCAAACCAAAAAUGAGCUCAAUGGAUUAAAUUGAAUUUUUGACUUUUCAAAGUCCUCAACUUUUUUCACAGGUUUCGAAAGCAACUUUCGAGGACAGAUUCGAAAUCAGCGUAAAAAACUAUGUCUUGCAAUCCUAUUCUCAUUCAGAAGACCCACUGUGAGCGUUCCCUGGCGAGUAAUUGUUGAAAUGACUCGUGAAUUCAUGGAACGGAAUGGAAAUUUCAGAAAGAGUUGAAGAGAUGGAAGAAGAUGAAAUGCUGCCGUCUUCUUCGAGUUACCCAGGCAGCUCUGGACAGCCAGCAGAGGGGAAUUUUUCAGAAGAAGUUCCAGGAGUCCAGCCCGGCUGGGGUACUCACAAAGCAACCAUUUCCUAUUUUUUCUCAUUUUUAAAGAAUAUUUCGAUGGCCCGCCGAUACAGAGAAGUGCGAACGGACGUGUUCUAAUUAUGGUGCCGCCAGGCCUUGUCAGAGGUUGUUUAGUUCUGAAAAAAGGAACUUUUCAUCCACUUUUUAGGUCCCCCGCCGAUGCUGGAUUCUCCCAUUCUUGCUGACCCAAGUGACACGAUCCAGGUAACUUUUCAAAAAUGAAAAAAACUUUUAAAAAAAUAAAAUAAAAUUUCUUUUGAAGCCGUUUAAUGUUAGUUUGUUUUUUGAUGAAUAUAUAUUUAAAAAAAACUGGCUGUUUUAUGAAUUUUUUUGGUCUCAUAACAUGACUUUAAGAAGGUUUAUCCGAUAAGUACGUAAUUUUUUUGAAAAUAAAUCAGUUUUCAUGUCAUUAAAGAAUAGUUGAUUGAAAAAUGAGCCAUUGAAAAAAUGGUCUCGAAACGAAUACAAGUUAGAUAGUGUCUGUUUGGAGGAGAACGCAGAGAGGCCACGCCCCCUUAGCCAAUCUCGCCGUGAAUCAGUUUUAUAGAUCUGUUUUUAAUAAAUAUCGACAAACUUUUGAACUCUUUAAAACGCAUCUUUAGCAAUUUAGUGUAAACAGCUAAAAAAAAAAAUCAACAAAGAUCGAAAAUUUUCUUGAAACUCUUCAUUCACAAUAUUAUCUUAAACUUCGAUUUUCCAGGCUCAGAAUUUCCAGGAACAAGCGGAAACCUUGGGUCCGAGGUCUUCAACUCGCUAUUCCGAUGCAGAGCUUCAGUUUCCUAGUUCUCCCAGCUCCUUAUCGGAACCAGCUCGAGAGUUCUCCCAAAGCUAUGAAAAACUGGUAAUUUUGAAAAAAAAAAGUCGAAAAGCGGAGUCUACCUUCUAAAGAGCACUGGUGAUCAAGAGAGCGCAGAGAGACAAACAACGCCUGCCCUCUCAUUUUUUAACGCUCUCUCACUUUCUAAGCCCUGAAGAUUCGAAAUAAUAUUUUGAACAUCAAGUACAAUGACGUCAUUGGAAAACGCUCUGUGGAUGGCUCGCUCUCUGAUUGGUUUAUCGCGCCGUUAGGGCGGAGUUUGAGCAACACAUUCAAAAUCUGAACAGACUAGAAAAACGCUUUGAAUGAUGUUUUUUUUUUCUUUUCACGACGUCCUUUUUCCUAUUUCAUUCAAUUUUUUUUUCAUAGCAAAAAAAGAUGAUUUUUGCGUUUUUCAGGAUGGAAAUGACUUGGAGGACCAACCGGAAACUUCGAAUGCUUUCCGAGAAGAAUUGGAGCCGGCUUUUCCGAAUUUUGGAGGAUCUGUUCAACCGGCUCAGGUAUUUCCGAGAUUGUUUCGAAAAAAAGCAUUUCAACCGACCAUUUUAGUUUUGAUUAAGUAUUUUUUCCGAAAAGGAUGUAAAGACUGUGAGCUUAUGACGUCUUUUUAGGGCACGUCAUAGCAACCCGCCCAUUUUUUGAUUUUUCUUUUCCUGAUGUAAAUUGAUGAAAAGGCCCCAAAUAGCUGGAAACGAGGCUUUUUCAGGACCAGAACGUCGCUUGCUCUUCGAACCCGUAUCCAGAAAUAGAACUCGGGUUUUCGAAUCUUCUCAGUACCUCAUUGGAACCGGCUCAAGAAUAUUUGGGGAAAUCGGAAAAAGAGGUGAUUCUGAACGAAAAAAAGGAAGAAUGAAAAAUGAUCGGAAAUUUAUUGGUUUUAUAACUCAAUUAGUAAAUCUUUCAACCAAAGUUUUGGUGACAUUUGUAUGGUGCUCCGAAUGCUUUCGUGUCCACAAACGAUAGUUCAUUGCAACAGUCUGACGUGUCUGCGUCUCUUUUACCUCUCCGGCAAGAAAAAAAUGAAAUCAGAACUCAAAAAGAGAGGGUCGCGAGAAAUUGAUCAAGCUUUUUUAGGAAGUUUCCGUUUUUUUAUAAUAAAAAAACAAAGUUAUGGUUCCACAAGUAUAAAAAAAGUUUCUAGUUUUUGGUUGGGGUGAAAAAAACUUUUCAAUGGAAUGUUGAAAAUUUGGUUCAAAGCCUGGCUUGGCUACUGCCUGCGCAGGCAUCUUCGCAAAAAAAAAAAAUGAGGCUCAAAUCAUGGGUCAGCACAAAAAAAUGCAGUCUAACGCAAAGCCUGAACACUUCGUGAUGUGGCCCACUUAGGUUUCAACCGAUUCAGCGGGAGUUCAAAUUAUUUUCAUUUCACCGAUUCAUUCAUUCAGCUUUUUUAGAUUUUUUCAUUUUACCAACAUAUAUGUCCAACAAUGUUCAUCUCAGCCGUCGACCUCGAAUUCUGCGGGCCUCCAAACAGCGGGAAGUUCGAGAACGAACCCAUCAAGAUGCAGUAUCCCGCUGCUUUCAAAUGAGCUGGACCUGAAGCAUCUCGUUCCGGGUUUUCCUCUAACCACUUUCAUUCAUUUUAUCAUGUUUUUUGAAGUUGCGAGACGGAAGCAGCUUCUGGACGAGUGUGUACGGCUUUUGCGCACAGUGUCCGAAGAGCAUCUCAAUAAGCAAGGCGAGAUACUCAACAUUGGGAAUCUGGUCAGUUUUUAUUAUUUCUUUUUGCAAGGCAAAAUAACUGCGUAGCAAACAUGAGCAAGUGAAGAACUCAAUGAGUCCGCGAGAAGUAGUCGAUCCACAAAAGAUUUUGAAAUCCAAGUUUGAAAUAAUUCUUCACCCCUGGGAGGUAGAAAUGACAAGACCCCAUAUUUGGGGUAAAAACAAAUUUUAUUUUUGUUGCGGGGAACAGAUGGCUUUCUUCUUGAAUUCAGAACAAGGAUUAAAUUUUUUCGGUGGAUUUUAUAAGUUCAAAAAACAAAAACAGUUGAAAUUGAGGAUUCGCAGAGGUUUUGUUUUGUAAGACUUCGUGAGAAAAUCAUAUCGGAACUGGGAAAAAUUAGCGCUGGACCACGAACUUCUAAAUCAUGAAGGGGUUUCAGAAAAUAAAAGCUGUUAAAGUCGCUUCUAGCGCGCCCCACGGCUAUUUUAUUUGAUAACUUCGGUCCCAUCGGAAGGGUUUUAUUUACAUUAAAAACUUAGCGAUGUAUUCAUCGAAAAAAGAGGUGAUCGAUUUACCGUAUUUCAAAAAAAGGAAGGAGUUUGAACUCCAAUAGAGCUGCGCGUCGAAUCAUGUAAUGACUUCCAUGGACUUUUUCUAUUUUUUCACACUAUUUUUUUUCAGGAAGCAGUUUGCGUCGUUUGCAAUACGACGAUUUUUCGGCGCGAUGUGACGGGAGUUGCGCAACACAUAUUUUCCCAAAACCACCGGGAAAAGGUGAGAAAGAGUCAAUGAAAUGCCGAAUAAUUAUUUCCUUUUAGCUGAGAAUCCGAGGCUUCACCGAAAAAGAUGCGUAUUUCUGGAAAAUAAACUUAAGACUCGUCCAGAAAACCAAAAAAACGCCGGUCGUCGAACAAGGUAGGCCAGAACAGUUCGCAUUUUAAAGACGUCUGUUCUCAGUUGGUCAGUAUGUGCAACUCCUCGACGCCCCUCGGGAAAAUUUGUUCGGCUUGGUGCCAGGUGAGAGAAAUUAUAAUGAUGUCAUUUUGAAAAGAAAAAAGAUGUCAUUUCUGGUCAGAUUGUCCGAUAGUGACGUCAUUGCUAGGCAGGAUAGUUCCGUCAACCCACGAAAAAAGAAAUAAUCAAGAUAUUCUAAAAUGACCUGGCAAUUUAGCAAAUACGCUCAAAAAUUGGAAAAUGCCUGUAGUUUUGAAAUCAGAAAAUUUACUCAAACAUUUAUAACGUCAUGAUAAAAAUUAGAACGAUGAAGUCAUUUUGAACUAUUGUGAAGAGUCUUGAAAGUGUUUGCUGAAGAUUGGUUUUUGACGAGAACUUCUGAGAGUUCAUGGACGACCAUAUUCAAGGAUACAGUCUUUGAUUAUUUCAUAUUUUCCCCCCGAAGAUGCUUAUUAAAAGAAAUGAAUGCUCAUCAGUCCCCCAAAAAUGGCUGUUAAGGGACUAUACAAGAUGCUUGAGAUUUAUAUCAGAAAAAAACUCGCAUUUUCUGACUUUCUUUCUGCAAUUAGCUUUCUUACAGAACAAGACAGAGGGCGAAUCUUGAUGGCGUUGACGAAAAUGAAGCAUUUGGUGAAUCUCGAAGACUUGCCCGCGAGAAUUUUGAAGAACCGGGUAAUUAUUUCUCAUCAUUUCUGCUUCAAGCUUCAGAUUUUUAGACGGAAUGCACAGUUUGCGGAUGGUUUUUGUCAUCUGCGAGAGAUGUUCUGGAUCAUAUUUUCGAUCAACCUCACAUGAAAAAAGUGACUUUUUCGUUGACUCAAUUUUUUUCACCUUUUUUGGAAGGCUUAGGGUGAUGGCAAAAAUGGUCGAUCCGGGACCAAAGUUUGCAAAAGAUCUGAAAAGGAUAAUUUUUCGGUUUUCUUAUCCAAUAUUUGUCAUCAAUUGUUGAGUUCAGCCAUGAGUUUGACCAACUACGGGAGAAGUUAGCUCGUUUCUAGAAGCUAGCUAAUGCCGUGUUCAAAGUAAUUUCCGCGAAAUGCGAAAUUGUCUCUGACUCUCCAAAAUUUAGUUAUCUUUCUCUUUCUCUGACGGCUAUUUUGAAUUUCGCGGAAUAACUUUGAACACGGCAUAAUUUUUUUUGACCCGAAAAAAAAUUGUGUGACCCGAAAGUGUUCAAAAUGCCAUGAACCGGAUUUCUCGGCAUUUGCGUCUACUACCGAUUUUUCAAAAUUUUCGGAAAACUAAUUGUGAAUGUGAAAACACGGCCCUGAAGUGAAAACACGCGAGAGACCUGAAAUUCCUGGAAGCUAUUCGAAACACGAACAUUUUUGUGCAAAAGCGCCCUAUAGAUCAUAUUUUGGCUGGAUCCCAUUCCGGGUUGGGCGGUCUACAAGUUUAGAAUAAUCGAGGUUAUACCUUCAUCGCGCGUCGCGAAAGUUGAAAAUCGCCGAAUUAAAACCGCAAGAACUUUUUGGACAGUUCGUUCACGACCUUUUCAGAUGGCUGCUCUCGAACUCACCCUGAGAGACACCAUGUACUGGGAAGUGGCCUUUCUCUCCGCCGAGGGGAGGUCUUCGUGCUCCGAAAUGCUGAAGGCACUCGCUGGACAAACCGAUAUGACGUCAUUCUUGCGGCAAGUCUAUCAACGAGCCCUCGAUGGCCGAAGUCUGAUGAAAAUCGGAAGAUUUAGGAAAAAAAAUAUAUUUUUCAGACAUUCAAAAGGUGGCCCUCUUGGAAGCUAAUUUCCAGUCGGAAGUCGUUAAAGGUGAAACAAGUUUUCGAUUUUUUUUGUCCAUUAAUCAAUUUUUCGAUAUUUUCAAGUUCUCCCAAAUAUGAGGUUAUUUAUGAACCACUAUGUUAUCCCUUUUUUGAGGAGGAAACGCGCUUUUUCAAGGUAGAUGCGCGCGAUUUCCGCUAUAUCAGUUUUAACCAAAAUAUUCCUUUUUCUCAAAGAAUUUCCCUUUUUUUUCUAUUUUCUUGAGAAUCAAUUUCGUUUUUAAACUCCUAAUUGCCAUUUUAUCAAUCUUAAAGUGUAUUUUUAUUUUCGAGUUCCAGGAUUUUAUGCUAAUUCCGAAGUUUUUAUUUUGUCGUUUCAAAACAAAAUCGUACUUAAUAAUUGCGUUUAUUUUUUCGAGGUAGAAGUGCCCAAUGUUGAGGAUUGACACACUAAUUUUUAAUUAGUCAAAGACAAUCAAUUAUUGUUAACUAUAGUUUUGAUGUUUUUUAACUUUUUUUUGAACCAGGUUGCAGGUAACUGUUACAGGUGAGUUGCUUUCGAGAUAAAAUCACGAGGAGAGUACGCAUUUCUGAGAGAGAUGUGCGCCUUUUCAGGGGUUGCACUUUUCCUCUUCGGAACUCUUCCAAAAUCUGUAAAGAAAGUUUUUUCAGUGGAUGAGCGACAAAAAGUCUUGGACGAGCUGUGCUUGGAAUACUAUCGUUCUGGUUUUUCGAAUAAUCAGGAACCUCGAAUGGUUAGAACUCGAUACAAGCUGAAUUUAAUCAUUUUUCUUCACAGGCGACCUGCUUUUUAUGUUUCGACAAAGGCUGGAUGUGGACCAUGGGCGAAAUUGGAAAGCAUGUUUUUGGUGUCCAACAUUUGUCGCAGGUUUUUUUCCACUGUUAAAAGUUUUUUUCCUAAUUUUCCAAUAUUGACAGCUCUUCGAAGAAGGUUUCACUCACGAGGACGUCGUGGAAUGGAAGGCGAUUUUUGAAAGAUUCAAAAGUAGUUUUUUUUUUCUUCGAAAUUUUUCAGUGAUAUAGUACAUGACUAAUAGAAAAAGAAGUUUGAAUUCAAAAAAAUGACGUCACUAGGUGUGAAAAAAAAAAAUGAAAAAUGAAGUCAACUUGUGGGAGAUAUUCAGCUUUUAGGCAACCAUCACAACACUCCAGAAUUUUUUCAAAAGGAAAUUUAGGAGCGAAAAUAUAAAUUGGCGUCCUAUCGGUCAAGGCAAGAAUUGAGUCAAUGUUAGUCAAAAUAAUUGACGUCAUUCGACCCGAAAAAUGACGUCAUCCUGGACAAAAUUCAGCUGAGAGUGUCGAGACCCCGGCUCAAGUUGCAGAAAUUAAAAAAUAAUCACAAAAAAAAAAUGCUUGCUCAGAAAAACUAAAAAAGGGCUUUUCGCUGAAUUUUUCUCAAUUGACGUCACUGGAUUCUCCUCUUGGCCACGAAUCAUUUACUUCAAGGCCUUCUCAACGUGAAAGUGGCCUGAAAUCAUUCUUUUUUUAGUAAGCCCCGCCCUGCCCCUUAAAAGGAAAAUUCCUCCAUAUAAGAAAAAAAAAACUCUCAAGCUUCAUUUGUUCGUGUUUUAAUCCGAAUUUCCAUUCAGAUGCUGAUCUGAUUGGAGCUGAACCAGUGAUCGAAACUCAAGUGGAAAAUGUCCAGGAAGAAAAUACCGAAAAUGUUGAGGAAAUGACCGAAAAAGACGUUCUCCAAAAGAAUUACGGUAGCGCUUUCAGGUUCGCUUUCAAAUGAGCAAUAUUGUGAUUUUCAGCGUCCAACUCUCAAUUGGCUGAAAAAGUAAACGGUGUUGAAAAAAAUGAAGUGAACUCGGUUAUUUUCGAGGCUCCAGAAGAGCUUCCAGAUGAAGGUAAAGUUAUUACGGCUGUAACAUGAGAAAUAUUGAGCAAUUUUCAGAUUUUUCAGGCUCUUCUGAAACGCUUAAUGUUGAGGGAGAACAAGGAGAAAAAAUGGAAGUUUUUGAAGGGAAUGUGGAAGAAAAAGCUCGAGAAAAGCUUCAAGUUGAAGGUAGCAUUCAAUAGGCUGUAAAGUGAGCAAUAUUGAGCAAUAUUAAGAUUUGUCAGGCUCUUCUGAAACGCUUCAUGUUGUGAAAGGACAAGGCUUCAAAGAAAGAGGAAAAUUGAAAGAUUUCAAGAAGGAAGGUUCCGAAGAAAACGAUGGUACCUUUUAUACAGCUGUGAAAUGAUCAGUAACGUUUUAUUUUUAGUUUCGGCUUCUGAAGACCUUCCGCCUAUUAAGGAGAAAGGCAAAUUUAAUCUCCGAAAAAUGAAUUUAGUUUUUUUUUAGAGCCUGAUGGGGAGAAGUUCUUCGAUGCUCCUGAAAAUUUCUCUUUGGCGUGAGUUUUUCGUCAUUUUUCCUUUCCUGAGUUUGGACAUUUUUCAGAGCCGGUCCUCUUUUCACGCACCAGAAGAAAAUGAGCAACAUGUGGGCCAAAAAAAUGGGUUUUUUUCAAAUUCUAGUUAACAUGUAGAAAUUCGUUUUUCCAGACGCUCCAAAAAAGAAGUACCUCUCGCUUCUGGAAAACCUUGACGUGGAGAAGUUUGACGCAGCUGAAGAUUUUUGGAAGGUUAGUUGAAGAGAAUGGAGAAUGGAGAGAGCACCAAACAGGAUGAAAAUAUGGGAUUUACAAGGACGUGUGUAAAAUUUUACUCCACCCACCCAGGCUACGCCUUUUUUAUGUCAUCGCGCGAAGUAGUUUUCAGGUCGGUUGCACUAAAAAUGACCGGAAAGAAGUCGUUGCAACGUUGCCGGCUUUCCGAGAAGCUGUUCAAUCAAAUCGAGUUGAUAAAUUCAAAUUUUCAAAAGUUGGAGUUGAGCCAUUUCAAGUGCGACCGUAUAGAAAUGAAGAAUUUCUCGAUUUCUCGAAUGACUCCCAAAAGUAGAAAUUUGUUCCAGCGAACUUGUCCUCAAUGCGAAAUUUCUAUGGAUUCGCCCUCCUCCGUGGUUUUUCACGCUUUUAGUGAAGACCACUUGAAAAAAGUACGUUUUGAAACUCCGAAACUCUAAAAAAAAAAAUCAAAUUUUCAGCUCAAAGCUGCGAAAAUCGCAACUUAUCGGGAAGAUUUCAAGUUUUGGACGAAGAAAAUAGAAAAAUGUCAAUUGAAAAAGUCACAGUAA